GUGACCCAGCCUGGAGAGACCUAGACAGAACCGAGCGGGCUACCGGAAGGAAGGCGGAGAUGCCAGAGGUGGUGAGGUGCCGCCAGAUUGGGGGACUGAACGCUCACUGCACUUUUCAGGUGAAUUACGAAGACCGAUGAGAGAAGAGCACCCCCAAAGCUGCCCAAGAAAAGCACCGUCCUGCCAAUUUCACGUUCGGUUCAGAAACAAUUUCACUUGGUCUCCAUUUUCACCGAGCAGAAAGAAACUCUAGAGAUGGGCAGCAGCCAGCCCCUUCCUAUCCCCGAAAGUGGCACGAAGAAAAAGAAAAAGCGGAAGGCCCGAACGACUGAUUCCUUGCCUGAGAGGUUUGAAGAUUUGUACAGACUGACCUCCGAGCUGCUUGGGGAAGGUGCCUAUGCCAAAGUUCAAGGUGCUGUGAGUCUCCAGAAUGGCAAAGAGUACGCAGUAAAGAUCAUUGAGAAACAAGCUGGGCACAGUCGCAGCAGGGUAUUUCGAGAGGUAGAGACGUUGUACCAGUGUCAGGGCAACAAGAACAUUUUGGAGCUGAUCGAAUUUUUUGAAGACGACGAGAGGUUUUACCUGGUCUUCGAGAAGCUGCAAGGAGGCUCUAUUUUAACCCACAUCCAAAAACGAAAGCAUUUCAAUGAACGGGAAGCUAGCCGCGUGGUCCGGGAUGUCUCCUGUGCCCUGGACUUCUUGCACACAAAAGGCAUUGCUCACCGAGAUCUGAAGCCAGAGAACAUCCUGUGUGAAUCCCCCUCAGAGGUGUCCCCAGUGAAGAUCUGUGACUUUGACCUGGGCAGCGGCGUGAAGCUGAACAAUUCUUGUACCCCCAUCACUACUCCAGAGCUAACUACACCGUGCGGCUCAGCCGAGUACAUGGCGCCCGAAGUGGUCGAGGUGUUCACAGAAGAAGCCACUUUUUACGACAAGCGCUGCGAUCUCUGGAGCCUCGGGGUGGUUCUCUACAUCAUGCUCAGUGGCUACCCUCCCUUCGUGGGUCACUGUGGCAACGACUGCGGCUGGGACCGGGGAGAGGUCUGCAAAGUCUGCCAGGAGCGGCUCUUUGAGAGCAUCCAGGAGGGCAACUACGAGUUUCCCGACAAGGACUGGGCCCACAUAUCGGCCGAGGCCAAAGACCUCAUCUCCAGGCUCCUCGUCCGAGACGCCAAGAAGAGGCUCAGUGCGGCCCAGGUCCUGCAGCACCCCUGGGUGCAAGGGGCUCCGGAGAGGGGGCUGCCCACCCCGCAGGUGCUGCAGAGGAACGGCAGCACCAAAGACCUGACGCUGUUUGCGGCCGAAGCCAUCGCCCUGAACCGGCAGCUGUCACAGCACGAGGAGCACGUGGCGGAGGACGCCGAGGCCCUGAGCCGAGGCCUCUGCUCCGUGCGGCUCUCCCCCCCCUCCAGGUCCUCCCUGGCCCGGCGGAGAGCCGAGGCUCAGGCCAGCCGCCACGCCGAGCCCGAGCCUGGCCCGGAGGCCCCCUGACCGAGGCUCCCCGGCACCGUCCCCCUCCUCCCGCUUCCCCUCCUGCUAGCUCUGCCCCUCCCCAGGCCGAGGAUCAGAGAUCAGCCACUUGUCA